AUGCUGUAUUUACAGCAGGCGGAAACGCAACGCAGAGAGGUUGACGAAAAAGAGAAGAAGGUUGACGACAAAGAAAAGAAGGUUGACGAAAAAGAGAAGAAGGUUGACGACAAAGAAAAGAAGGUUGACGACAAAGAAAAGAAGGUUGACGACAAAGAGAAGAAGGUUGACGACAAAGAGAAGAAGAUACCAGUAACAGAAGUCAGUACAACAAGUGGCACCUCCGGAUUCACCAAUCAAAUAGCCCUCGUCGCCUCCGCUCUAAUGAGUCUCGGAUUGAUCCAAUAG